GAUACAAGCACUUAAGGGGUUUGCCACUUCAAGCAUUUGAUAAUGCCCACCCUCUAGUGUUGAUUGGGUCCGACUACCCCCACUUAAUUACACCAGUGGAGCCUGUGCAUUUAGGACCACCUGGGGGGCCCGCAGCAGUAAAGACCAGGUUAGGUUGGACUCUCCAGGGACCUACCAAGCUCAUUCAGCAGCAGCUCCAACCCACGCAGUGCUUGCAUGUGUCCACCUCCUCACCAGCUGCGGAGUUAUUUCAACAAGUUGAAAGGCUCUGGCAACUGGAUGUGUUGCCUUAUAGGAAUGAGAAGCUUGUUACCAGAUCCAAACAGGAUCAGGAAGCUAUGAGGCUGCUGGAGGAAAAAACAUCACGGGUAGACGUAGAAGGAGUCCAGCGUUAUGCCACGCCAUUGCUACGGGGCCAAGACUUUGGUGCAGCACCUGUGGAGUAAGCAGAGAGAAUGGGAUGACCCAUCCCUGCCAGAUGAUGCCCUCCAGGCAUGGUCGGCAUGGGUAGAAGAGCUUCAGCAUCUCCCACAGGUAACCCUGCCUCGCUGUUAUGUAAGCCCUGCAAUCGACCAUUCCAGUAGUCACCAAACUAUACACAUCUUCUGUGACGCUUCGGAGCGAGCAUACGGCUCUGUUGCUUACCUACGGAGUGAAGGUACCAAGGGACAAGUGGAAGUGGCAUUCCUGACUGCACGAUCAAGGGUGGCCCCCAAGCGUCAGCUAUCAAUGCCACGAUUAGAGCUGUGCGCUGCAUUGACGGGCAGUCAACUAGCAGCACUUCUGUUGAAGGAACUUACCAUAACUAUACACGAUGUGAUUCUCUGGACUGAUUCCACGACCGUGCUCACCUGGCUCCAGUCUGAUUCGUGCCAGUUUAAAGUGUUUGUCGGCACCAGAGUGGCAGAAAUCCAGGAGCUGACAGAUGCUGGAGCCUGGCGUUAUGUUGAUUCGGCCAGUAACCCAGCAGACGACAUAACCAGAGGGAAGACCUUGAGGGACCUGGCAGGAAGAAACCGUUGGCGAGAUGGACCAUCAUUUCUGUUGCAUUCUUCAGAAUUGUGGCCCACCAAACCAGCUCAGGGUGGUCAGGGAGAUUCCACUGAACUACGGAAACCCACCUGCAUUGGUCUAACCAAGGUAAUUACUAACCCCCCAUUGCCAGAUUAUGAGCAGUUUUCCUCCUUCAGGAGUCUGGUCGAGGCAGUCGCCUUAUCCCACCACGGGGCGGCAGGUAAUCAUCCUGGUCCUUCCGCUGAAGACUAUCAAGCAGCAGAGAGAGAAAUUCUUAGGCAAGCUCAGUUGGACAGCUUCAUUGAUGAUUACACCUACCUGGCAGCAGGGAAACUGGUAUCCUCUACUAGUCGGCUGGUCACACUAGCACCAGAAUAUGAUGCAGCAGUGCGGCUGAUCCGUGUAGGAGGUAGGCUCCGCCACAGUGAUCAGCUCGAAUGUGAUGCCAUUCACCCAAUAGUCUUGGAUCCAGCCCACAAAAUCACUAAGUUGAUAAUCCAGGACACAGACAAAAGCCUUAAACAUCCAGGUGCAGAACGUCUCUUUGCGGAGCUUCGGCGGAAAUACUGGAUCUUACACGGACGAGAAGCUGUUAAGCGGCAUCAACGUUCUUGCCCCGACUGUCAGAGAUGGCGAGCGAGCCCAACUGUACCUAAGAUGGCAGACCUACCCCCUGCACGACUGCGGUUGUUAAAGCCCCCCUUUUUUUCAACAGGCGUGGACUGCUUUGGGCCCUUCAUGGUACGGAUUGGGAGGCGCAACGAGAAACGUUGGGGGAUAUUGUUCAAAUGUCUGACCACUAGAGCUGUCCACGUAGAUAUUUUAUCCAACUUGGACACCGACUCAUUUUUAAUGGGCCUUCGCCGAUUUAUUGCCCGAAGAGGAAAACCAGCAGAACUCUUAUCGGAUCAGGGCACGAACUUUAAAGGAGGUGAGAGAGAGCUCCAUCAGACAUUUCAGUCAUUGCACCCCAUACUACAACAGCAAUUAGCUAAGCACCAGAUCAAAUUCCGAUUCAAUCCCCCUGGCGCACCUCACUUUGGAGGGGUCUGGGAACGAGAGAUCAGGUCGGUCAAGGCCGCAUUAUAUACCACAGUGCAAGCCCAAACAGUUACAGAAGAGGUCCUAAGAACGGUUUUAGUUGAAGUGGAAGGGAUUCUAAAUUCCAAGCCACUAGGCUAUGUAUCAACCGAUAUUGCUGAUCCUGAUCCAGUUACCCCAAACCUUCUGUUGAUGGGGCGGCUUGACCCGUCAUUGCCUCAGGCAGUGUACACUGAAGCAGAGCUACUAAGCCGCCGUCGCUGGAAGCACUCACAGGUUCUUGCAGAUCAGUUCUGGGUUCAUUUCAUUAAAUAUUAUCUCCCCGCACUCCAGACUCGUUCUAAGUGGCAAAGGGAUGCCCCCCCACUGCAGCUGGGUACAGUAGUUUUGAUAAUGGACCCGCACCUGCCAAGAGCACUCUGGCCAGUAGGCCGUGUUACCAAGGUCAUCCCAGGAGUGGACGGACGAGUCCGAACAGCGGAUGUUCAAGUGAAGGAUCACAAUUACACCAGGCCUGUUGCUCGACUUAUCCCUCUCCCUGCUAUUCCAGACACAACUUCAGACCCGGACAGCCCCUUCUGAAUUAUACAAAUUUGACAAUGCAAAUUUGGGGGCGGCUGUGCUAAAGGGCUGCGGGUUUAGUCUGCCUGUUAUGCUCAGCUCGCACCCUGCGAGUCCCGCCCAGUUCCUGCUCUCAUUGGACGACUUCGCCAGAGACACGUGACCAAUAGGGACUCUGACUGAGGCAAGCAAAAACUGGACGUUAUCCCCGCCAUGUUUUUCCUUUUUCUUCUUUUAGAACGCGGGUUUAGUCAUAUCGGGAAGGGAGCGAUAUACCGCGCUGGGAAUCUUUGAUUGUGUGCGUUCAGAUACCCGUAAGUUUCUACAUGUGCAUUGUACAAGAGUGUUUAUGUUGGGAUAUUAUAUACAGUUAAUCGGAAAUGAGCCCCUUAAGUGCGGCGAACGUUUUAUUUCUAACUUGCUGCGUAGAUUUAUGUUUCAUUUACCUCGGAUGUCAUGCAAUGCCUAUGUUUAUUUUAAACGGUUUAUAUUUACAUACUUAUUUAUCUCAACAAAUCUUAUUUAUAUUACUUUGUGUAUUAUGAUUGUUUAUCCUGUUAAACUUGCGGGAUGGCCGCUUAAAGUUACCGUAAUACAACAUCGAAGGUAAUAUUGUGAACUGUUUAUUUGAUACUGGACUCUGUAUGUAUAACGGAUUUAUAUUCUUUAUUCUAUUUUUGUUAUUUCUACUUUCAGGACCACACACACACAUACACAUACUAGUACAGAGCCCUUGUUCCAAGCCUUUAUUAAAGUUCUGGAGAAUAUACUCUUGGCAUCUUCAUUGGAUGUACCACAGCGGCCACACCUAUCUCACCAAUCAGUAAUAGUAGGCUAGUUCUGCACAACAACCCCCUCAAAAAUAAA